AUGGGAAAUCUAACGUUGCCAUCCGCCAAAACAACCCUGGUGUUGAUGUGGAGUCUGUGCCAGUUUCUGCCAGGUGUAUUUACACUAACAGGUGGAUGGUUGGAGACUGAUCCUACAUGGGUGACUUCAGAUGUCUGGCUUGCCUCAGAAAGUGCCCGAUAUAUUUCUGGCUAUGUUCUUGACUCCAACCUAAACACAGGCUGGAAGCGUGCGGCUGAGGAGGGCUCGUGGCAGCUGACUUUUGAUCUCCAGACGCCAAUAACACUCUCACGGGUCCGUGUCUUUAUAGAUCCCGACCAUAAACCACAUGUGACACUCUUUCGUUCAACAACAGCAGGAAAACGGUGGCAUAUUGUAAAUGUCGUCCAACGCUUAGGUGACAUUAAAAAGUAUGUUGAACUGAGUGGAUUCCUUUCCACUGGACAGCAUUGGCGCCUGGAAUUUACCUCUUUUACUCCGUUAACCCAAGUCUACGAGGUCAUGUUUUUUCAGUCUUGUUCUGGAUUUAACGGAACGGUAUGCUCAGACGGUAACUGCGAUGUGUACACAAUGGUCUGUGACGGGAUCGUGGACUGUGGUGACGGGAGCGAUGAAAACAACUGUGAUAAAAAGGUAUGCCGAAAUGGAAACAUCAUCAACAAGACGCAAGUAUGUGACGAGAAAGAUGACUGUGGAGACUAUUCGGACGAGGAAAACUGUUAUCAGUUUGUUCGAGAUAAUAUGGUUGCUGUCUGUAAGAACGGUGGUCUUAUCCUUGCGACGACAAGAUGUGACGGCAGAAAUGACUGUGGUGACAACAGUGAUGAGGAAAACUGCGUCUGUUACUACACUUCGGACAAAGGGUCAAGUUACAGAGGCAAAGUAGAGACACUGCGUGUAGCACAAAGGCAGGUAUCCACCUGUCAGUCCUGGACAUCUCAGUACCCUCACACCCAUAACCACACUCCCGAGGCCUACCCGUCAGCAGGUCUGGAGCGGAACUACUGCCGGAACCCUGACGGGAAGGACCGGCCGUGGUGCUACACCAACAACCCAACAAUCAGGUGGAUGUACUGCGACGAUGUCUUCGCCUGCGGCGCCUUGCCGACACGGUGCUUCUACGAAAGUGACAGGGGGAGGAGCUACGCGGGGCGAAUAAAUAGGGCAGGAGACCGGCUGUGUCAGAGAUGGGACUCCCAGUCUCCCCACCCCCAUCCCCACACACCGCAGGCUCAUCCUGAUGCAGGGCUGGAGGAAAACUUCUGCCGUAACCCUGACAAUGACAACAAGGACCGGCCCUGGUGCUACACCACGGACGCUGUAUGGAGAUGGAGUUACUGUGAUGUAAUGCCGUGCGUGGCCGCUACACAUUUAGAGUGUUUCACUGGAGCAAACAGUGCUCAAUGUUUUCCGGAUUGUAUCUCACUAACCCAUCUGUUUAACUUUAAUGCUAAAGAGAACAGUCCUUACCGGUGUCCAUCAGAUAGUGUAUACGAUCCUUUUGUUGACACAUGUCGGCUUUUCUCGUCCACAAGUACCGUUAGAAAAUGCAGCAGACCAACACUGACUUUCACCGAGGAAGAGUUUGAUGUUCUUUCCAAUGGUAGUGUACACCUGUUGAGUUCUAACGUGACAUGCCCAGCUGAACAGGUAUCCAUUCUGAACACAACAGCGUUUGUUUGCGGAGAGUGUAUACUGCAGUAUUUCCUGAAUGCCACAAACAAUGAUCAAACGACAAACGAUUGGGAAGCAACUCAAGGUUGGUUAACCUUGGGUCUUGUGAUUGUGUCUGUCAUAGCGGCCUUUGCUUUCAUAGGCUACACUAUCAAAUCUGGCCAGUGGAAGAAAGUACCGGCAAAGCUGAAGGUGCAAAUGUUGGCUUGUAUGGCAGUCGGGGAAUCCCUUUUUGUAGCACGUGUGCUCCCUCCACCCGGGGUAGUCUGUGUGGUGUAUGGGAUAAUCCUGCACUACUUUCUGCUGACUGCCUUUACGUCUAUGAACGCGCUGGCUUUGGAUCUCUUCUUCACAUUUCGUGAUGGUUCAGAAAGACCCAAACUGCGCAGCUACGUGUUGUAUACCUGGCUGAUGCCGUUGCUUGUAGUGGCGGUGACGGUGUUUGUAGAGUUCUGUCCCUGCAGCUCAGUCAGGGUGGAGUACGGAGUUCACUGUUGGAUUGGCAACCCGACUGGCAGUUUGGUUGCCUUUGGAGUUCCAGUUUUCUCUGCCAUUCUGAUCAAUGUCGUGUUGAUCACUUUGGCUUUGCUGGCCAUACGGAAAUCAUUUAAGAUUGCCGACGCCGCUUUGUCUCGCUCUUGGAGCAGUAAGGCCUGGGUUUAUUUCCGCAUUUCCUUUCUGAUGGGGUCUACUUGGAUUCUCGGUUUUAUCGUACCUUUUGUAGGCAGCAGGGUUCUUGAGUACAUCUUUAUUGUACUUAAUGCUUCUCAAGGCUUUCUACUGGCCCUACUUAUGACGAUGACAGGAGACGUGAUACAGAGUUGGGCCUCAGUGAUCAGGGCACGCCUUGGUCUAGGAGAACCUAGUCAAGGCAAUGGACCAACUGCCGGCAGUCAGCAGACUGCCCCGUGCACAACAGGCAUAGCAGCUACUGGAAGUAGUGCAGCUACAGAAGAUAUACCCAUGACAACCUUUGCCAAAGUUGAGGAAAAUAAGGCAAAAGACAAACAUUUGGUGAGCAUUCCUGAAGGCGAAGGACAAACACAUAGUGACUGA